AUGUCACUUAGCGUAACUACCGCACCCGAGGAAGUCACCGGCCUCUCUCCCGUUCCUAACCUCGAUAUUAAAGCCCCAGGCAUUGCACAAACCGUCACGCAAGCAACACCACCCUCUAAUGAUGGGUACCUCCGCUUCAACCCCGUCAUCGUCAUGCUCAUCGGCUACCUCGACCAAGUAAGCCCAGGCGGCCUAGACACAGCAAUCCUCUCCGCCAGCUCCAAAAACCCAGCCUUCAUGUCAAAACUAUCCAUCAAAGACGCCCCUUCCUUCUUGCACUUCGCAAACGACCUCCUCAACUGGGUCCCCCGCGAAAGCUUCGAAGGCAAAGACAUCUACGACAUCCUCUGCAUGUUCUACUUCGUCCUCGACCAACCCACACUCCGCAAGCUCCAGACCUCGAUGAUCUACGCCCAGCUCGUCGGCCAGUUCCUAGACACACCAGCCUCCAUCACCCCCUCAUCACUCAAAUCCUUCAAAAACUCACCCCCCUACCGCUUCCACGAAGCAGAUAUCCCAAAGGGCGGCUUCCACACCUUCAACGCCUUCUUCACCCGGCGCCUCAAACCCGGCCUGCGACCAAUCUCUUCCCCAGGCGACGACAGCGUGAUAGUCUACCCAGCCGACUGCACCUACGACAACUCCCUCACCAACCAAAGCUUCGCCAGAAUCAACGACGGCUCCGUCGAGAUCAAAAAAGUCCGCUGGCCGAUCAGCAUGCUCCUCCAAGACAGCGAGCACGCCGCAGACUUUGACGGCGGAAUCUGGAUGCACGCAUUCCUCAACACCACAAACUACCACCGCCAACACGCGCCCGUGUCAGGUACCGUGCUCGAGGCGAAGAAUAUCCAGGGCAUGGCGCACCUCGAGGCUGAUUCCGUCGGCGGACACGUCCGUAUGAUGGGCGGGGCGGAUUCGUCAGAGAACCCGGGGUACCAGUUCCUUCAGACGAGGGGGUCUCUAUUAGCCGCUACGCAGGCACACAAAGCCAUGCGGAGGAUGCUCGCUUGGAAGGGAAUCGCCCUCCACGCGCUAGCUAUCCGGGCAACCCCAAAGAAGGGUUUCGAAUACUGA